CCACUCUGAAGACCAAUAAAUGAUAGGAGCAAAGUCUAUAAUAAUAGAGUCUUCCAAACGCCUGGAGUCCUGCGACACGAUGGUCAUGGCGACGUUCAUUGCUUCCGUUCUUCUAUCUUCCAUGCUCGUCACAACUGCUAUUGCCGUCGGCGUCUUCAGCGUCAAGUACAAAUACGCCGGUCAGGAACGUUCUCUGGCUGCUUUCAAAGAGCACGACCGUAACCGCCAGCUCCAUAUCCUCGCCGUCGCUGGUAUUGACCUCCCUCUCGGUAGCUCCAGUCGCCUUGACCCCGUCGGGCUUUAUUAUGCUGAGAUUGGACUUGGAACACCGACGCAGAACUAUUAUUUGCAAGUGGAUACAGGAAGUGACAUUAUGUGGGUAAAUUGCAUUGAAUGUAAGGAAUGCCCCAAAACAAGUUCUCUCGGCAUAGAUCUUAAACUGUAUAACGUAAAUGAUUCAUCCACUGGGAAAAUGGUUUCGUGUGAUCAAGACUUUUGCCGGGAGAUAAAUGGAGCUCAAUUGCCUGAUUGUAAAGCCAAUAUGUCAUGUCUAUAUCUUGAGAUAUAUGGAGAUGGAAGCUCUACUGCAGGAUACUUUGUAACUGAUGUUGUGCAGUAUGACCGUGUGUCUGGUGAUCUUCAAACAACGUCAGGAAAUGGAAGUCUGGUAUUUGGGUGUGGUGCUAGACAAUCUGGGAAUCUUGAUUCAUCUAAUGAAGAAGCACUGGAUGGGAUACUUGGUUUUGGAAAAUCAAAUUCAUCGGUAAUUUCUCAGCUUGCUGGUUCUGGGGAGAUGAAAAAGAUGUUUGCCCAUUGCUUAGAUGGGAUCAAGGGAGCUGGCAUCUUCGCUAUUGGUCAUGUUGUGCAACCAAUAGUUAACAUGACUCCUUUGGUGCCAAAUCAGUCACAUUAUAAUGUCAAUAUGACAGCAGUUCAAGUUGGUGUCAAUUUCCUAAAUCUUACGACAGAUUUAUUUGAGGUAGGCGAAAGAGGGACAAUAAUAGACAGUGGAACAACCUUGGCAUAUCUCCCUGAAAUGGUUUAUGAGCCAUUAGUCAGCAAGAUAAUCUCUCAGCAGCCUGAUUUGAAAGUCUUCACAGUUCGUGAUGACUAUACCUGCUUUCAAUAUUCUGGAAGUCUUGAUGAAGGAUUUCCAAAUGUCACUUUUCAUUUUCAAAACUCAGUUCUUCUGAAUGUUUAUCCACAUGAGUACCUAUUCCCAUAUGAAGGUUUGUGGUGUAUCGGCUGGCAAAACAGUGGACUGUUUUCAAAAGAGAGAAAAAAUAUAACCCUCUUGGGAGAUUUAGUGCUUUCAAGCAAACUGGUUUUAUAUGAUCUAGAAAAUCAGUCCAUUGGAUGGACAGAGUACGACUGCUCCUCAAGCAUUAAAGUGAAGGAUGAACAGACUGGAACAGUACAUCUAGUAGGCUCCCACUAUAUUUCUUCUGCUUCCAAUCAGAACACGCUGGUUGUUAUAAUUUUGAUUUUCCUAACGACAUUGCUGCCUCAUCUUUUUAACUGACAUGGCACAGAAUGCAAAGGAACAUAGACAUUAAGAUAUAGGGAAAAUUUUCAUACUAAAAUGAAAAUAAAAAGAUUCAUCAGGACAUAGUACAUUCAAAACUUGACACACACAACUUGUAUACAUAGAUCUUCAUGUAAUACCUUGGACUCUACCUCUGAAGGAAAUAGUGCAUUCUUCCUAAAUUUCAGACAUGCUGUGAUAUGGUCCUCUCCAUAAAAAAAAAAUGGAGGAGGGGAAUUGUAUUAUAUCUAGCUUUAACUCUGCUGAAGGAAAUAAAGCUUUUUAAAGUUU